GAAAGGCACACCACAGGACUGGCACACCACAAGAGCUGACAGUCGGAGGAGACCUGACGUCUCUUCUCCCCUCCAUAGAUCUUCUCCCAUCCUUUCUCAAGAGCCCACACAAGCCAAGAUGAACGGCACUGAGGGUAAAAACUUUUAUGUCCCCAUGUCCAACCGGACGGGGUUGGUGAGAAGCCCAUUUGAAUACCCCCAGUACUACCUAGGAGAACCGUGGCAGUACAAGAUGCUGGCUGUCUACGUGUUCUUUCUCAUCUGCUUUGGCUUCCCCAUCAAUGGCCUGACACUGGUGGUAACAGCUCAGCACAAGAAGCUUCGGCAACCUCUCAACUUCAUCCUUGUCAACUUGGCUGUGGCUGGCUUGAUCAUGUGCAUCUUUGGGUUUACAAUAACCUUCUACACCGCCAUUAAUGGCUACUUCGUCUUUGGGCCGAAGGGCUGUGCCGUUGAGGGCUUCAUGGCAACUCUUGGAGGUGAGGUGGCUCUCUGGUCCCUGGUGGUGCUGGCCAUUGAGAGAUACAUAGUGGUUUGCAAACCCAUGGGCAGCUUCAAAUUCACCUCCACUCAUGCUAUUGUUGGUAUUGCAUUCACCUGGAUAAUGGCUCUGUCAUGUGCUGCCCCACCCCUUUUUGGCUGGUCCCGGUACAUGCCUGAGGGAUUGCAAUGCUCCUGUGGACCUGAUUACUACACUCUCAACCCAGAUUACCACAAUGAGUCCUUUGUGAUAUACAUGUUCGUUGUUCACUUCUUUUUGCCUGUCCUCAUCAUCUUCUUCGCAUAUGGCAGCCUGGUUUGCACAGUCAAAGCGGCUGCCGCCACUCAGCAGGAGUCUGCCUCCACCCAGAAAGCAGAGAAGGAAGUGACACGCAUGGUCAUCUUGAUGGUGCUGGGUUUCAUGGUGGCCUGGACCCCCUAUGCUACCAUGACUGGCUACAUCUUCUUGAACAAGGGAGUAGCAUUCAGUCCCCAGAGCAUGGCUGUACCAGCCUUCUUCUCCAAGAGCUCAGCGUUGUACAACCCCAUCAUCUAUGUGCUGCUAAACAAACAGUUCCGUAACUGCAUGCUGACUACCCUCUUCUGUGGAAAGAACCCAAUGGGUGAGGAGGAGACCUCUACAACCAGCAAGACAGAGGUCUCUUCAGUUUCUCCAGCAUAGAAACAUCCCUCUGUCUCCACCUUCACUCAGCUCUCGAAGUUCUCACCCUUUUUAUUAUUUUAUGAACUGUAUCAAAGAAACUUCUAUUUCUAUGAUUUAAUGGAUAUAUGUAUGUUUUUUUAAAUGUAUAUAUAUAUAUUGAUUUGACUUUGAAAUGAAGUGUUGAUAUUUUCAAGAGAUAUGGCAUCCUAUCUUUCAAAUAUUAUAUAAUCAUCUUGCCCUGACCUGUAGCUCUCCAAAGCUCUGGCUUUCUGUUAGCAUAAAGGGAAUUUGUGACAACAGCUUUCUAAGGAACAAAGCAAAAUUAUUUCUUUUUUUACUCUUUUGUUACUUGCUGUUAUGGGAAGCAAUGUCAUUCCAGUUCACAGACAUCUUCCAUGGGUUUGUUGCCUUGCAUAUAGUGAAUGCAGGACAUCAAGCUGAGUCGUUGUACUGUGAUUCUUGCGGUAUCCACUGCUGACACCCCUCCCCCUUUCUAAGCAAUCCCUUUAAGACUGCAUCAGCUCUUGGUCCAGGAUGCAAAGCUAGCAGAGCCUUUUAACAGGAUGGGCAGUGAAUAUCUUCACCUGCACCAAAGAGUGACAAAGAAAGUGGGCAGCACAGGACCUAAAUUAGAGUUAAGGCUCAAUUAGAAUCUACUUCUUGGUGGUUUAAACUCCAAGGCUGAGAAAAUAGAGUCUGCCCACAAACACAGGGGCAGGGCAAACCCAGCAUAAGAGAUACAUGAUGCAGCCUCUUAGCUAAUCUACACGAAACAAGGUAAAGUUGAAGAUCCAGAGCUGGUCUUUUACAUUUUUCAUGUUAUGCCACACAAAUUGGGAGCGUAGUUCGCCACAGCUCAAUGCCCUCUUAGUGGUGAGGCAUUAAGGGAGACUGACAGGUCCACACGCUUGACUCAGAGGACUGCACUAAUGUUUCGGUUGGUUUUGAUGAGGUUUGUGAUUUUAUUUUUGUGUAAUUAUGGGGCUGUCAAUUCUUUUGCUGGCCUGAUCAGACCAUUGAUUGCUGUACAUAUUUUAUAAAUGAAUAUAAAAUAUAGUAGCCUACUAGACUAAUGAAUUCAUGCAUCACAAA